GGAUGUGACGUAAGUACGGCGUAAGUGGGGGCGGGUUUUUAAGCUAAUGAAAAAUGGCUGCGUCCAGGAAGAACGUGGAUGAGAUUCGUAAUCGUGUUAUUUUGGGGGAAUUUGGCGUAAGAAAUGUUCAUUCUACAGACUUCCCAGGGAACUACCCAGGACACGAUGACACCUGGAACAUGUGGAAAUUUCAGAAGAACUUUAGAAUUGACAUGAUGCACCUGGAUGAGAGCACUAUGGAGUUUGACAUGGUGGGCAUAGAUGCGGCCAUUGCUAAUGCAUUUAGAAGGAUAUUACUGGCAGAGGUGCCCACCAUGGCUAUAGAGAAGGUGUUUAUCUAUAACAACACAUCCAUUGUCCAGGAUGAAGUUUUGGCCCACAGAUUAGGUCUCAUUCCCAUCAAGGCUGACCCUCGCCUGUUUGAAUACAGGAACACGGCUCCUGAAGCAGAGGCGUCAGAAGCAGAGGGUUCAGAAAUAGACACAAUUCAACUACAGCUGAAAAUUAAGUGCAGCAGGAACCCCAAAGCCAGCAAAGAAUCUUCAGACCCUCGGGAGCUCUAUCUUAACCACAUGGUUUAUUCCAGGGACAUAACGUGGGUCCCUAUUGGAAACCAAGCAGAUGUGUUUGCAGAUUCUGUAAUUAGACCAGUCCACGAUGAUAUCCUGAUUGCUCAGCUUCGACCAGGACAUGAACUGGAUAUUGUUAUGCACUGUGUCAAAGGAAUUGGUAAAGACCAUGCUAAAUUUUCUCCAGUGGCAACUGCCAGUUAUCGGCUUCUACCUGAGAUCACCCUCCUGGAGCCUGUGGAAGGAGAGAAAGCAGAGCGCCUAAAACGCUGUUUUUCCCCGGGAGUUAUAGCACUGCAGGAUGUUAACGGAACGAAGGCUGCAAAAGUAGUAAACAGUCGCAUGGAUACAUGUAGCCGAGAAGUUAUUCGACACGAUGACCUCAAGAAUUUGGUGAAACUUGGAAGAGUGCGGGACCAUUUCAUAUUUACUGUGGAGUCGACCGGCAUCUUGGCUCCAGAUGUUCUUUUCACAGAGGCAGUCAAAGUUCUCAUGAGCAAGUGUCAAAGGUUUCUGAGUGAACUGGAUGCCACUGAAAUGGAAUGAACUGACUAUUCAUCUUCAGAGGCAGCACACAGGACCCACAUCCCAAGUAGACCUGGACUAUUGAGUUUGCUGAAGUGCUUUUUCUUUGGAAAGUUUUUGCGAUGCUAUACAGCAAGUCAUUGCUUCUCAACAAAGCUGAUCUUGCGGAGACAUUGUUUAUAUUUGCUGGACUUUGGAUGUUUAAGCUGCAUAACAUAGGAUGUAACAGGCAGUUUCACAAGCUUCACGGCAUUAGCUGCAGCAGUUUGGGGCCAAAUAGCUUCCAAAAAUGUUGCUAACUAGACCUUUCUCAUCCUAUCAGUGCUGACUAGUUGGCUUGAUACCCAAAUUUCACCUGGCUGGUUAGGUUCUAAUGGUUGUAUACAAAACUCUACAAGCAAAUUCCACGAGCUGUUCAAAAAAGCUGUUCAUCUUCAACUACUGGCAAAGAAUUUUGUAAAACUAGCUGCACGUUUUGUGUAUUUUGGUCGGUUGAAUCCCUUUUGACAAUAUUUGGACAUUUAAUUUA